AUGCAUUUGCUACCUGAGGGUGCUCACGAAGUUAUAAAAGUGCUGGCCGCCGUCGGAGUGUCGUUGGGGUCGUUGAUAGUCGGAUUCUCAUCAGCGUACACUUCACCCGCCCUCGUCACGAUGAAAAAUAGUACAAGGAUAUCAGUUUCCGAUGAAGAGGCCAGUUGGAUCGGAUCGUCGAUGCCCUUAGCCGCCGCCCUCGGAGGCAUCAUCGGAGGACCCCUCGUCGAUUACAUAGGACGACGCAGGACGCUCAUCAUAACCGCUAUACCGUUCUUCGUCGGGUGGAUGAUGAUAGCCGCGGCUAACAUCGUUCAUCUAGUGUUAGCCGGACGGAUUAUCGGCGGACUGUGCGUCGGGAUCGGCUCCCUGGCCUUCCCCGUUUAUCUGGGCGAAACUAUCCAACCCGAAGUUCGAGGCACGUUGGGCUUAUUCCCCACGGCGAUCGGAAAUAUUGGGAUUCUGAUUUGUUACGUGGCUGGGAAAUAUUUGGAUUGGUCGAACCUGGCUUAUCUCGGGGCCGCCUUGCCGAUUCCUUUUCUCGCACUGAUGCUACUGAUUCCGGAGACCCCGCGUUGGUAUAUAUCGCAAGGGAAGACGGAGGAAGCGCGAAAGGCGUUGCGGUGGCUGAGAGGCGAGCGCGCGAAGAUCGAUGACGAAAUGCAGGAGAUAGCUCUGUGCGAUGCCGAAAUCGAAAAUCAAUCGUCGUUCACGGAGAUCUUUAAUAAGAAAUACGUAAAGUCCAUAUCUAUCUGCCUGGGCCUGAUGACUUUUCAGCAGUUAUCGGGAAUCAAUGCUGUCAUAUUCUACACCGUGGAAAUAUUCAAGAUGUCCGGAAGUUCCAUAGACGAGAACCUGGCGACGAUCAUCGUGGGGCUGGUAAACUUUAUAUCGACCUUCAUCGCUACGGCGGUGAUCGAUAGAGCCGGGCGGAAACUUCUGCUUUACAUCUCCUCCGUUACGAUGACUGUGACGUUAAUUAUUUUGGGCACAUUCUUCUACUUAACCGAUGAAGCGACGUCGGUCGAUGCAAACCUGGGAUGGCUGCCUCUCACGAGCGUGAUGAUUUAUUUACUCGGAUUUUCCUUAGCUUUCGGGCCUAUUCCGUGGCUCAUGAUGGGAGAAAUUUUACCAGGUAAAGUGAGGGGCGCCGCGGCUUCGCUCUGUACGGCUUACAAUUGCAUAUGCUCAUUUAUAGUAACCAAAACGUUCUACAACCUCGUGAAGGCGAUAGAGCCGUCAGGUACGUUUUGGUUGUUCGGCGGCAUUUGUUUCACUGGAUUAUUUUUCGUUGUGGUGUGCGUGCCUGAGACGAGAGGUAAAAGUCUCGAACAAAUUGAAAAUAAACUAACCGGUAGGCGACGUCCAAGAUCGCGACGUAUGAGUUCUAUAGCUAAUAUUAAACCACUACCGAGUGGUUGUUGA